AGCCAGUCAAACAUGGUCCAUCGACGUGAGAUGAACAGCACCGAGAUCCGCAUCCGCCAGCAGAUUCGCAAGUCAGUUGAGCCAAAACCCAAGGCAAAGCCAACCGAACCGGGCCAAUUCUAAGAAAACGCGAGUGUGGUAGUGAAGUGAAACAACCGUGGAUCAGUCGAGCAGAGCGGGAUGGCAAAAACACAAUAGAUAUGCCAGGACUGUAAAUGCUUUUUAAAAGUGCCAGCCGGAGCAGAACAUAAAGGAUAUUAUGUUGCUGCCAACAUGAACCAACAUAAGCCAACAGCACACCCCGAAAAGUGAACUGAAAAAGUGUUUUCAUCUACAAAACAUAACUAAAAGCGGAGCCAAAAUAGGAAAAUCAUAAUGAUGAUAAAUUAACUGAUCCCAGUAGUUGUUUAUGUUGUGCGAGUGAGAUAGCGAGAGCGUGGGAGAAGCACCGGAAGUGCUAGCAGCAGCAGCAGCAGCAUUCGCACCGCAGCCACAUUGCAGCAGCAGCAACGGCGAAGUCGAAAUAAGUAAAUAAACAAACGAACCAUCUAGCAUUAUUACAAAACGGCAAGUCUCAUUUUUAACCCUGCUGCCUGGCUUCACUUUCGCCUUCACCCAACUCGUCCUUCCAUCCCAACCGAUCCCCAAAAGCUGGCAAGCUGGCGUCGUUCAAGCAGAUGAAUAUCAAUAGCACCAUAAGCAAUUACAACAACAAUAUAAUGUGGAGUAGUACUAUAUCGCCAACAAACUCUAAGAAACUGUUGAUCGAGAGCACACGAAGCGUUGAUUAUGUCGGUGAUAGUACGAGGACAGCAGCAGGCAAUAUCAAAACAGGAGCAGCAGCAGCCGCAGGAGCCAAAGGAUCCAAAGUCAAAGCCACCGCCAUCGCAGCCACAACCCCCACAACCAAGAUCUCAAUUGAAAUGGAGCUCCACAUACAGAAUAAGUGCAUCUCGGCAUAGCGCAUCACUCUGGAGGGUGGUGCGGAGCCGCCAUGGCUGCAGGGCCCCCUUAAGGCCGCGUUUUUGGGGGCUACUGGGGUCGGCAAAACAAGCAUACUACAGCAAUUUUUCUACCAUGACUUUCCCAGAACACAUCAGACGACAACGCAUCGUAAGAUAUACAAAAACUGUUUGGUCUGCGACACCUGCAUACGUGAGCUGAUGGUACUGGACGUUCCUCCCCAGAAGCGAUUUCCGGCUGACAACUUCGCUGAGUGGAACAACGGACAUCCGCUGGGGCUGCGAACGGUGCACGCCUAUGUCUUGGUCUACGACAUGGGCAACUUGGAGACCUUUCAAUACUGCCGCUCGAUGAGAGAUCAGAUCUUGGACAGUUUCAGUCAUCGUGAUUUUAGCAUAAUUGUGGUCGGCAAUAAAUUUGACAAUGUGACUGUGGCGCAGGCCAACUCGCAGGAGCUCAAGGAUAUUUCCACGCUGGUGCGCAAACAUUGGCGUUGCGGCUACAUCGAGUGCUCGGCGCAAUAUAACUACAAAAUCGGAGACGUUUUCCGUGAGCUGAUGGGCUGCACCAGCGCGGGAGGAGGAGGCGGCGCCGGCGGAGGCAUGGCCGGGGUCGGUGGCCUGGUUGGCACUGAGUACUCACAAUCAACUAGGAAUAAAGGACGCUGUACAAUACUGUAGCAAAAGUUGCAUAAGUUUUAUAAGCAAACGCGCUGAUCUGGCGCAUUACAUCCAAGUGAAUUCGUUGCGAGCUGCUGCAGCUGGGACACGGUGGCGUAUACGCAAUCUACAGGGAGGAAGCACAAAGACGAAACUGUUGCCCGUUGCCAACGCUUGCUGAUGCAUAUUUUACCAUAUAUUUUUAGUGUCCACACUCCGCACAGCUUCUGCUUUGUUUGCUAUUAUUACAACAUUUUUCUGGCUGUUUCCAUGAACGCUUUUGCUGUGCUCAUUUUAAUGGCAAUGCCACACGGAGGACACGUUUGGCGCGCACCCAGAUCCCGAUCCUGGCGACAGCUUUUGUGACUCCGCAUUUGCAAUUCAAUGCCGUUAGCUUGCAGGAAGUGCAGUGGUCAUGAAUAUGCAGCGAUAUCCGCAAAGUGCAGCCACAAUUGCCUGCAAAAGUUUUAUUCCUUUGCGGUUAUUAUUAUCGUUGGCGGUAUUAUUUCUGUCGUGGAUCGUAAGUAGGUAAUUAAUCCCACCAUAAUUUACAAUACGUUUCAUGAAAAACGAAUAACCUUGUUAUAAAAUGAACUAAAGACGUAUAGGUACUAAAGUAGUCGACCUAAGCUAUACACAUAUACUUAAACAUAUAUGUAUACAUUAACGUUGUGAUCAUUUCAAGAAUUAGUUCUUAAGGCACACCGACCCAGAACGUCUGCUUAUGUCAAGUAAAAUCAAGUAUCCGAAACGGGAUUACCAGAAAUAUUUAGCUAUAGGACAACAUACGAGUAAGAGCAAUUUAAUAAAUAGCCCUAAGUGUUUGAAAAGCGAUUGAAGGCGGUAAAAUCAAACAGUUAUAAUCAUCCUAUAAAAAACCUCAACAGGCCUUCUCUAUAAUCCAUAAAUAUAAUUUGCGCACAAGAGCAAUUGGAAGUCCUUCGAAAAGUACUUGAAAUUAUUUACAAUUAUAAUUUGUCUAUGUUUCGACAUCGAGGAGCCGUGAUCCAUGCGCCAGAAGCAAAUACUUCAUAGAACAACACCUUAGAGUAAAGUAAGAUAACAACUCGAUUGAAGCGCACAAAAACCGAGGAUUCUGAUACCAUCGCAUUCUCACAUGAGAAUCGCAUGAGGUUGUCACACCUCAGAUUAAUGACCGAAAGCAACAUUUGGGUAGAGUAGUAUCAAUAUGGCCGAUCUAUUAGAAAGGUAUUGAGACACCCUACCGUACUAUCCACAGGCUAUAGUCAAGUUAAUUAGGUUCUGUGCUGAUCUACGAAACACGUACAUACCAUUCUGAUCUCUUUCUUUACCUCAAGAAAACAACUUAAACUACUCAAAAGAAAAGCAAUCAAGGCUGACUUUGUACAUAGGGAUUUCAAUGAAAGAACUUGGCGAAAAGCUAUGGAAACCGACUUUUACAGCAAUAUAAGUAAGCUCUAACUGAUGCAAGGUAGAUAAGUGGGCGCACUGCCAAGAUUGGUUCCACUCUUAGUUGAGUGCUCGGUUUAGAUUCUAGGAAUAGCUGAGGUAACAAGUAUCUUAAAACAAUUUUACGACAUUACUAUAUUUCAAGGUUAAGCAAUGGAAAGUCAAUAAUAAUAC